AUGCCCCUGUUCAUGUCCAACAAAGACGUGUGCGUGGAGGCGGUUACGGGGUCCGGUAAAACCCUCGCGUUCGUCGUACCGGCGAUCGAGAUGAUCCUGAGAAGGGAGGUAGACCUCAAGCGUAACCAAGUCGGGGCCAUCAUACUCACCCCAACGAGGGAGCUCGCGAACCAGAUUUUCGGGGUGGUCUCCAAGUUUUCGGAGGCGUUGGACGAGGCGAAACCGCUGCUGCUCGUUGGUGGCACGAGCGUGGAGGAAUGCUUGGCUGCCUUCCGGAAGGGCGGGGCAAGCAUCUUGGUGGGGACGCCCGGCCGAGUCGAGGACAUGCUCAACAACUACAACGUAUUCGACACUCGCGAACUGGAAGCACUUGUUCUGGAUGAGGCCGACACUCUCCUCGACAUGGGCUUCGCCGGUACCCUCAACUCCAUCUUUUCCCUGCUGCCCAAGCAGCGCAGGACUGGCCUCUUCUCCGCCACGCAGACGCGAGAGACGAAGGCCUUAGCCCGGGCGGGUCUCCGAAACCCGGCAACCGUUUCUGUAGCGGUAAGAUCGAAGUCGGGAGAGGCAGGGGCAGGAGGGGUCCUCGGCCAGAAAACUCAGGCGACGCCUUCUUCGCUGGAAAACUUCUACAUUGUGUGCGAGCCGGAGGAAAAGCUAGCGCAGCUUGUGGGUUUCCUGAAGGCCCGUCCGGAAGGAGAGAAGACGAUCGUUUUCCUCUCAACGUGCGCCGGCGUGGACUUCUUCAGCAAGACUCUGUCCCAGCUGCCGGCCGUCAAGGCGCUGGGGCUCCGCGUGGAGAGCUUACACGGAAGGAUGGUUCAGAAGCGAAGAACUGCGGUGUACCAACGCUUUCUAUCCCAAGAGGGGGGACUGCUGGUUUGCACAGACGUGGCCGCCCGUGGGAUCGACAUCCCCGACGUGGCCUGGAUCGUACAGUUCGACCCGCCUCAAGACCCUAGCUACUUCGUGCACCGGGUGGGGCGCACGGCCAGAGCCGGGAAAAAAGGCCGGUCGCUGACACUGCUAUGCCCCGCCGAGGACGCCUACAUCCCCUUCCUCGCCAAUCGAAAGGUGCCUCUUCGAGAGAUGGAGGCGUUUUCCAGCGUGAACGCAUCCGAAAUUUUGGAAGAGGUUAAGGACAUGGUCAAGGCUGACAGGGAUGUGCUGGAAAAGGGAACCAAGGCCUUCAUCUCGUUCAUCAGGGGCUACAAGGAGCACCAGUGCAGCUUCAUCUUCAGGUUCAACGACCUCGACCUGGCCGCCGUGGCGCGUGCGUUCUGCCUCUUGCGGCUGCCCAAGAUCGCGGAGCUGAGCGACCCGGCCGUGGCGGAGAGCUUCGAAAAGGAGAAGGCGGUUGACUUCACGGCAAUCAAGUACGCGGACAAGGCUCGCGAGAAGGCCCGGCAAAAGAAGCUUGUCCGCCAAAACGAGGAGAACAAGCAGCGCGCGAUCGAGGAGGAGGAAGAGGCCCGUCGAGCGGAAAAAGAGAUCGCCGCGGGCGGUGGAAAGAAUAUCGCCUCCAGUAGGGAAGAGGGCAGCAAGAGGAAACGCAAGGGGCGGCAUCAGCAGCUCCUCGAGGAGUGGGACGACUUGGCCAACGAGGAACGACUGUACAAAAAGCUCAGGAACAAGAAGUUGACACGCGAAGAGUACGACCAGGAGCUCCGAAAACACUCGGGAAAAAACGCUUUUGGCGAGGAGGAGGAGGAGGAGGACGCCACUGCUGCUAACGCUAGCAGCGACGACGACGACGACGACAGCGGUGGCAAGCACGCCGGCGGCGGCAGCGGUAGCAGUACCCCGGCCUCGUCUAACCAGGGGGCGAAGGGGAAGUGGAAGGGGGCGACGGGGGCCCCGUGCCCGAAGCAGCGGACGUGGGGUACGGGGGGGGGCGCAAAGAGCGGUGGCCGCGGGGCGAGAGGGAGGGGCAGAGGGAGAGGCAGAGGUCGGGGGGGUAGGGGGAACAGCCGUGGGGGGGGACGAGGGGUGCGGUAGACCGGGACGUUAGGUGCCGUAGUAUCGGAUGUGCAUGUUUUGUCGUGACGAUGAACGAUUGCCAGCUGCGCACGUGUGGCGUCGGUUGUAUUGUCCUCCUCCCGAACCCGUUUUAUGGUGUCAUAGUUGCUGCUGAUGUCGGAGGCCGUACUAUGGGUUGUCGCUGUUUGGGGUUGCUUUCGUGUACUUGCGUGUUGGUGUAAAAGGAGUAAGGUUAGGGAUGGAGGAACGACAAACAGCAAGCAGUAUUGACCCCGCUCCCAUCCCCAUUCCCCAAUCGUUGUGGUCGCCUCUUCUGCCGGGUAGAUUAUGGAUUCUUUGCCUCAGGGUUCGUGUUCCUUGUUGUUCGCGGCGUUAUCUGUGAUCUCUUUCGCGUUUUAAUGCUUUGCAUCGACCGCGAUCAUCAGCUGACCGAUGAAAAUUCGUCAGUCUCGGUACGAUUGACAACACACAAUUAAAUGCUUCUUGCAGGUCAUGAUCUGGAACCCCUCGUGUGUGUGGGAGGGAGAUUGGGAAAAAAUUGACUCGGAAACCUUGGAGGCGUUGUGUACCAUCCAUCAUGGUGGGUGGGGCAUACAGCAGUUGGAAUACCUGCUGUUCGAAGGCUCGGUAAUUAAAAUGUUCGCGUACGGCUGCUGUUUUGGUGUUUGUGUCGCCAUUGACCGCAAGGUGUUGUUUAUUCGUGGCCCAAUUAACGCAGAGGGGCGCAGGGGGGCGGGGAUGUCUCAUUUUCGCCCCAGGACAGGAAGAGAAAAGCUUUCAGAGCAGAGGUUCGGCCGAACCCACGCAUGGCGUGUGGGUCGGCGCCGCAAGACACCACCUGAGUCGAGUUGUUCAUCGGAUGUUUGCCAACUUUUGUUGUCCGGUAGUCCCCUUUCUCCUGGACGUCGGACGUUUACAGCUUUCAUUAGGAAACUUGCUUUGAAUAACGAUCGAAGUAACCAAUGAUGAUGCGCCUUAGACUUGCUACAUGCCGAAGCCGUGGACUGGGACACGUUGGAAAAUAGCAC